AAUUUCUUGGUGUUUGGUUUGUUUUUGUGUGCCAAGGUGUAUAUCAGCUGAUUGUUAUCUGGUUUAUUUUAUGAAAGAAAGAAAUUUAAUAAAACGCAUUAAACUUGAAAAGUGUUUUCAAACUUAUAAUAAUUUUACUUUGUGUGUGCGUGUGUUUUAAGAGUGAAUUACGGUAGUUCUCGAUACAUUCAAAAUUUUAUAAACACAAAAAAAAAGCAAAAAAUGCGUCUCGCCGUCGGUGCAACAGCCACAGUUGUUGUGCUGUCGCUUCUCCUUGUGCUUGUUGCAGCACAGGAGGAGGCUGGUGCUACAGAUGAGCCGCAACCGGCGUCGGAGGAGCCUGUGAAAUUGGUGCAUGUCCUCAAUCCCGGCGAACGUGAGUACCUCUCACCCAAUCUGAUUGGCGUGCAAAAUAUCGCUAUGACAUUUCUGCCGCUCUCCAUGAAUUUCGUCAAUAUUAUCGAUGCGUUUCGGGAAAUCGUCGAUGGAGUGCGUUAUGAGAUACUUUUAAAUGCUGUCGACACAAAAUCAAAGGACGCAGAUGUGGUGUGUCGCAUGGUGAUAAUUGAAAAGCCUUGGCUGCGCACCGAAUGGGGUGAUAAAGUACGUGAAUUGCGCACCUCCAAUUGCACCAGCGAAGAGGACAAUCUUACGGAACCGGCGGCGCGUAGUAAGGCGCUAAAUGAUAAGUACACGAGAAAUGCUAUCUUUAAUGGUGGCACACGAAAUGAACUGACCGAUGACGAGAUGUCUAAGCUGGAAUCACAAAUACUAUCAAUGCCGUUUUCGACGAAUUCGCUGAAAAGACGUGAAAGCACUGUGUCAAGCGCCACCACCACUACUACCACUUUCACAACAACAACGGCUACGCCAAGAACUACGGCUGCCACAACGACAGAGCAAUUAAGUGCUGAAGUGACUGAGCAAAAUGAGGAAACGACAGCAGCAGUUGUGGUAAAUGAUGAAGAUAGCGCAGAGUCCACAUCAGCCUUGCCAGUGCUCACACAAGAUGAAAUGAAGUGGUUGGAUGAUUUUCUAUCGGUGGGUGCACUUAGCUUUGAGAAUACGCAACGUGAAAAACAGGAAGCCGAGAAACAGGCGGCGGCGGUGACGGCGUCAGUGGCUGAUGAUAAUAGUAAUGAUGCCGCUAUUGAAAUUGCGGCGAGCAAUUAUGUACAGCAGCAGCUGUUGCAACAGGCUGAGGCGCAGCGUAGUACGGAGGGGGACUCGGCGGCAGCUGACAUCUCUACUUCAGACCAGAUUCAUGCUCGUGCCAAGCGCAGUAAUGAUUUCGUUGGUGGCGCUCGCAAGUUGGACGACAAGGAUGCCGAAGAACGUCUACAAGCUUCCCUUGAUAAACUUGCUGCUGGGGAUGGUCCGAAUUAUAGAAUUUCGGAAAUUUACUCAGCCACUACGCAAGUUGUCUCGGGCACAUUGACCAAAAUAGAUGCGGAACUUGUCAAUGAGCAUAAUGAGAAGGAACGCUGUAUUGUAAAGAUCUGGUCACGCACAUGGCUGCCCAAUGGCAUUGAGGUGACCUUCAAAUGUCCCAACAAAGAAUUGGUAAAACGCCGUCAUAGUCGCUCGGUGGAACACUUGGAAAAGAAGACGCAUAAGAAACACAAUCAUCACAGUCUAGACAAAAGCGAACAUUUAUUUAGUAAAUUCCAAAUUAAAUAUAAUCGCCGCUAUCACACCGCUCUGGAGCAUCAAAUGCGUUUGAGAAUCUUUAAACAAAAUUUAGAAAUCAUACAAGAAUUGAAUCGCAAUGAAAUGGGCAGUGCCAAGUACGGCAUUACAGAAUUCGCAGACUUAACUACCGAUGAAUACAGGCAACGCACUGGCUUGUGGCAGCGCUCAGAGGAUAAGCCAAGUAAGAACAUGCCUGCUGUGAUUCCCAAUGUGGAAUUGCCAAAGGAAUUUGACUGGCGAGAGAAGGGUGUGAUUUCGAAGGUAAAGAACCAGGGUACGUGCGGCUCCUGUUGGGCAUUCAGCGUGACGGGCAAUGUGGAGGGUUUGCAUGCAGUGAAGACGGGCAAAUUAGAGGAAUAUUCUGAGCAAGAGUUGCUUGAUUGCGACACAAAGGAUUCGGCCUGCAAUGGCGGUUUGAUGGACAAUGCUUACGAAGCUUUACAAAAUAUUGGUGGCUUGGAAUUGGAGUCAGACUACCCCUAUGAGGGACACAAAGACCAGUGUCAAUUUAAUAAAUCGAAGGUGCAUGUCAAAGUCACCGGAGGCGUUGAUUUGCCCAAGAAUGAGACAGCUAUUGCACAAUGGCUGAUUACCAAUGGACCGGUUUCAAUUGGUAUCAAUGCUAACGCUAUGCAAUUCUACCGUGGCGGUGUCUCUCAUCCCUGGAAGGCAUUGUGCUCUAAGAAGAAUCUCGAUCAUGGUGUUUUAAUUGUCGGCUAUGGUGUUUCCGACUACCCGAUGUUCAAAAAGACACUUCCCUACUGGAUUGUGAAGAAUUCAUGGGGACCCAAGUGGGGUGAACAAGGCUACUAUCGUGUCUACCGUGGCGACAAUACAUGUGGUGUCAGUGAAAUGGCCUCUUCUGCAGUGAUUGGAUAAAUCGAUUUAAAUGCAAAAAAAAAAAAAA